AUGGGCGCUGAUGAGAAUGAGAGACCUGAUUCGGGCAGUCCCGGCGAAAUUUCGGAUUCAAAAGACGAGACAUCUACUGAGACAAAAUUGGCCUUAUUCGCACUGUCCGUGUGCGUUGCAGUUCUUACGUCGAUGGACUAUGCGGGACGUCUGAGUAGCAGAAAGCAGCAGUGCAGGGACAGUGGUCUGUUUUGCUUGCUCCAAGAGGUAAAACGGCUUUUGAAUGAAGCAUUCAAUAUCGUGGAUGCUUAG